UCCAGAGUUACUCACACGCCAUUUACUCAUCUUUUUCCUUGCGCCAGCACUUUAGAUUUGGCACAGUUUUACUCCAUUUCUCAUGGGACCAUUGUGCACUUUGACCCAAAGGAUAUCCUGUGCAUUCUCAACACUUGGAGCUCGAGCAGACUAAAAGGCAACAGGCAAGAGCUCUUUCCAGUUUUAUGUACUUUUAUCACGCUAAAAGGACAAACCACAAAGGCAGAUAAAAGACAGACUGCUAGUUUGCAAAGCUGACAAUGAUGGAAGAAGUGAAAGAAACUGCAUCUGUUCUGAGUGUCCAUGACGACAGCAUCAAAGUUACAGAGGUGUUGAAAGACGGGGACACUCUCACCUUUAUCAUCGUAUCUCAAAAGCUCUCUGGUACAGGGGAAUACCAUGUGGACCGGACCUAUGAGGAUUUUGAAUGGCUGCAGCAGCACUUGUUCUCUCAGGGGGAUGUGCCAGGAAUACAGGGAGUCAUAUUCCCUCCUCUUCCUGCAAAGCCCCAGGUGAAUGCAUCUCCCAGAUCUAUAAAACAGCUUGGUUUCCUUGCUUUAGGAGAGUGUCAGCCCUACUGUAAAGCAUUAGAAACGUUCCUGCAGCAGGUUGCUGCACACAGCAUACUCAGCAAAAAUAAAGCCGUGGAGGUCUUUCUGACCAGCUCGGAUCCUCCAGGCAGACAGAAAGUAAAGAAGAACAUUUUCAACAGACUGAGUCAAGCUGUGGAGGAGAUGAGAAAAGAAGGACAUAAGGAUGUGGAUGAGUUCUUUCAGAAUGAACGGGAUCAUAACCUCGUUCUAACCGGCUGCACCAAGACUGCAGCUGAGAAAUUCCUAGAUGUGGUGGCAACAGAGCAAAAAAUAGCAGUGGCCUGUGGACACUUCUCAACUGCUCUGCAUCUCUGCGUGGAACCAGGCGAGGAUCCUGACAAACAGGCUUUCUCUAGGGUUUGUGUGAAAUUAUCAGAAGUGUUUGAAUCUAUAAAGAAAAAUAUGACGAGUGUUGCUGAGAACAACGUGAACACUCUUGGACUGGGCCUGGACCUCGAGUCACGUUAUCAGGAGGCGGAAAGGGAGAUGCUCUUCAGGAGAACCUGCAAACUAGUGGAGUUAGAGAAUGCCCAAAGGAACGUAGAGAAGGCGAAACCUGUAAAGAAGGCUGCUAUGGAAGAAGUGAAGAAAGCAGCAGAGACUGAGUUUGAGCACACUUCUGGAGUGGCUAAGCAGGAGAUUGUACGUUUUCAGGGAGCGCGCGUGGAAAUGCUGCAGCAGGCUCUGGUUGGUUGGUGUGAAAAGCAACUUCUUACAGCCAAAGAAAGUGCUGACCAGUUCAACCAGCAUCUGGAAGUCUUUAGGGGAAUGGCCUAGUGACCUCUCUGGCACCCUCUCAAAUUAGCAUCCUCAGUAAAUCUAAUCAUAGCACGGGGCAACCCAAACCUGUCCUUCACUGUGUUGUGCUGCAGUUUGAUGCUUUAUUGAGUGUAAAUAGGGAAAUGUAAGCAACGGAGAAAGGAUUGCUCUGCUGAUAAUUUCACACACACACACACACACACACACACACACACACACACACACACACACACACACACACACACACACACACACACACACACGCUUUCUUAUUUUCCCCCAUUCUCUAUUAAGAUGUACUCACUCCAAUAAAAUCCAGGUAGAAAUGAUUGUUUUGAGAUCUUAUCAGUGGGUUUCAUCAUCCGAUAACACUGCCGUGCGUGAGCGAAGGUUUAUGUGUUCUAUAUUGCACUGCUGCGUUUGUGCUGAGAAUGUAUUGUGCUGCUCUCUAGCCAGUACAUCAGCUGGGGUCACACAAAAUAAAGUGUGAUGAAUUGAUUCCCAAAGUA